UGUGCGGUCAGUAAAUUAUCGAGUUGUCUUGUCACUAUUGACACAUUAUUUUCCCUGUGUGUUUUACGCAUUUUUGUUCCGCAAUGGAAGGAUACACGAAGAAAAACAGAAUCGGCUUUGGCAUCGGCGAGAAACGUUUCUGGCACAAAGGCUUCCAUCCGCAGUUUCUCCAAUACGGAUUCCUGUACACGCCCCCCAAUCCCAUAAGUCCGGCCACUUACGACAACGAAAAACCGGUUUGUCUGCGAAAGAGGCCCGAUGAGCUUUGGAGGAAGAAAUAUGAUUGUGAGGUCUGGUCCAAGAAUUUGGGCUACCACAUGCCGGAGGUGGUGCACCAACGAGAAGUGGACAAAACCAUGCGUGGGCCGGCCAACAUUAUGUUAACCAACGACGCUAGACCGGAUUUUUUGGUAAAAGCCAACCGAGGUUUCGGUUAUGGGAUGCGAUUCCCUGAAUCGAAGAAAUACAAAGGUCCACCACCACCAGACACCUACUUCAGAAAGAUGCGACAGCUCUCCACUGUGAAGCUGAGGAGUUUCUCUGAGACUCCUCACAUGUCAUGGGAUACCAAGCCUCGUUUCAAGGAAGCUGGUACGAAGUGGGUUAUUGGACCAGCCAGAUACAGGAUCAAGGACAACGAAUCGAUAGAAGCAAGAUGCAACAGAUCCGCAUCCAAGAAACGCCCUCUGGACUUCUUUACUACUGAAAGAACCUACAAGUCAAUCAAAAACCACUUUGGUUUAGGCAACGUGAAGCCCCACGAGGAGUUCAUCACCCCCCAUUCAGAUUUGGAUUAUCUCUUACACCAUCCAAGCAACGACAAAAAGGGAGCUUUCUUAAAGUCAGAGCGUUGGUUAAAAAAGCCUGUGGUUAGAGAACUGAUGGACGACAUUGGACUUUGCUAUAGAAAUCCACAACAUCCAGGUCCUGCCCACUACGUCACCGAAAAAUACAAAUGCAUCAAGCCACACAAAGAAGGCAAGUAUCCGUUCAGCUCUUCUAACGUCCACGUUCGACCAAAAAUCAACUGGGAAAUUAGACCUGGAGUUGGAAGAUACACGAUAAAGUGGCUUACGUGCAAAUAUAAGUAUAGGCCGGGUUGGCAGUUCAUCAGCAAGGAUGAACGAGGCAUCAAAGCGGAUGCCACCGAUUAUUAUGCCUUCUAAAUGCGAUAAUAAUAUAUUUUUUUGAUAA